AUUCAAAAUUAAUAAAAACAAAAGAAAAAAAAAAAAGAAAAAAAAAAUGAAGAUCAAAAGUUACCUCCAACCUCCAAAGAUGGGAUUUUUCAGAUUUUGAACAACGGGACAAAGAAGAGGAAAUGAUCGUGAAGAACGAUCCCCAAAAGAUCAUUAUGCACAUAACGAGAUGUGUUUCGGAUCUGGAUUGGCGGUUUCUCUUUUUGGUUAUCCCUCUCUUUUCACUUCUUGUUUUCUUCUCUCUGUCGUCUGCUCCAGUGGAUUCCUUUCCUCCUUUCCAAUCCUUCAUUUUCAAUUUCAAUCGCUCUCUAGCCAUCACUAACUCUUCCGUUUCCCCCACUGAUCCGACCUUCCCGCGGCUGGUUCACUCGAAAAACGAGUUGAAUCGGUCGAGGAUCGCGGUGUGUUUGGUUGGCGGAGCGAGGCGGUUCGAGCUCACUGGUCCGUCGAUUGUAGAGAGGAUUCUGAAUGUGUAUCCCACUGCCGACCUUUUCCUGCACAGUCCAAUGGAUACGAAUGCGUUCAAGUUCUCGCUCUUGAAGGUUGCGCCCAGGCUCGCGGCGAUUCGAAUCUUUGAGCCCAAGGCAUUGCCGGAGACCGAGGCGCAGGUACGAGUCCUCACCGCAGAAAACUCGCCGAAUGGCAUUCAGGUAAAUUUCUGAACUUCCGCACCAGUUUAAUUUUACUAAUAAGUUCAUUUAAUUACGGUGAAUUUGGGGGAAGUUCAUUGGCAAUUUAGUACAAGCUGUAUCAAUGUGGGAAUAGAAUAGAAAAUUUGUGAUUUUACAAAAAUACUCGCAUUUUAAAAUUUUGAGAAAAUAUCCCCUUAAUGUAGGCUACAAGUAGGAGCUAAGGAGUGGCAUACAAAGUGUACACCAUAGAAAUUAAACUACUUAAUUACAUAAUGCAUAAGGAAUGCGACUUUUGA